UGGUCUGUCAAUACUGGCACGCCGGCAUUUAUUUAUCGAGAAGUUUCCGCGAAGUGCACCAGGAAAAGCAGAACCACCGAAAUGUUCCUCCUGAAGUAUUAUUUUCUCACCCUCCUGGCCAUUGGGGUACUCUUGCAUUCGGGGGAGGCUUGCAAAGGAUGCGUGGAGCUGGAUGAGAUCACAUUCGACAAGCUAAUCUCACGAUUUCCGGCGACUCUCGUAAAGUUUGACGUGGCCUAUCCGUAUGGUGAUAAGCACGAAGCAUUCUCAGCUUUUGCUCAAGAUGUGGCGGAAGUGGAUGAUCUCCUGGUGGCCCUUGUGGGUAUAAAGGACUACGGGGAGAAGGAUAAUGCUAAUUUGGGGAAGAAGUACAAUGUGGAGGAGAAGGAUUUGCCAAGAAUUAAGAUAAUUAAGCGAGAUAAUCCCAAAGAAUGGAUUGAUUAUCCUGCAGACCUCCCGGUCACAAAGGAUAACAUCAAGACUUUCGUGCGAGAGAAUACGAAUCUCUACAUUGGCCUCACGGGAUGCCUUCAGGAGUUUGACGAACUAGCCGCACGUUUCAUGGAGGCUCUGGCAAAAGAUGAAAAAGAAGCGCAGGAAGUUCUAAAGGAAGCUCAAGAGGAGGAGAAGAAGUUCAAUGGGGAGGAGAAUUCUGGGAGAAUGUACAUUGCCAUAAUGCAGAGAGUGCUGGAGAAAGGAGAGGAUUUCAUUGCGUCCGAGAGGGAACGCGUGAAGGGGCUCCAGGGAAAGAAACUGUCACCAUCAAAGAAACUCCUCCUGGAGCAUCGACUCAACAUUCUAGCGGCCUUCAAGCACACAAAAUCCACGACAAGUGACAAGUCUGAGCUCUAGAUGAGAGCCAAACGUGAACAGCAUUAGUAUAAGAUUGUAGGAUGAGUUGACAUCAUUCCUGGCCAGUUUAAUUUCACACUGUCUCCGGAAUUUCUUCACAUUUAAGUGCAAUUUUUGUGAUUUUUUUUUUUGUUAAUUUCAAACAAAAUGAAGCGGAAUAUUUUUUAGGAGCAAUAAACUACUAUAUAAUUAAUAUGA